CCACCAACAGCAACCACCAGCAGUGUCAAGCACCAUCAACAAACAUCUUACCCCACCAUCUCCUACCUCCUCCCUUUCCUUUCCAAAAACCUCAUAAAUACCUCAAUGUGAUGGAUACACUUGAAUGUUUCUAUUAACACCUUCUGUCAAUCUAUUUCUCUAUUUUCUUUCUUAUACACUUGGGAGUAUUAAGUAUUAUAUAUAUUACUACUCCGUACUUCUAUUGUCAGCGCAUUUUUUAAGAAAAAAAAAAAUUUAUUUUAUGUUUUCUUGAUUACAUUCCGUACUCUGUGUUCACGUUUUCCUUUCUUGUAUUUCCGAUGCCAACACCAGUUAAUACUGCUAGGCAAUGCUUGACGCAUGAAGCUUCCAUCACUCUUGACGAUGCUGUAGCCAUGGCAGGUCGUCGUGGCCAUGCUCAAACUACAUCUCUUCAUUAUAUAUCUUCCUUACUCUCUGUUCCUUCCUCAUGUUUACGUGAGGCAUGUUCCCGUACAAGGAACAAUGCGUACUCUGUUCGUGUUCAAUUCAAAGCUCUAGACCUCUGUUUAGGGGUUUCAAUGGAUCGGUUGCCUUCGUGUCCCAGCAGCAGCAAGGUAGAUUAUCCACCUGUUUCGAAUUCUCUUAUGGCAGCCAUAAAGAGGUCACAAGCGAAUCAGAGACGACAGCCGGAGAAUUUCAGUUUUUAUCAACAACAGCUUCAGAAUCAGUCGGCUUCUUCUUCUUCAUCUUCAUCAGUUCCAGUAGUCAAGGUUGAGUUACGGAAUCUCAUAAUAUCUGUACUUGAUGACCCUGUUGUAAGCAGAGUAUUUGGGGAAGCUGGUUUCAGGAGUUGUGAUAUUAAGCUUGCAAUUCUUAGACCUGUUCAUCAACUCUUCAGAUAUUCAAGAUUCAAAGGACCACCCUUGUUUUUGUGUAAUUUAACCAAUCAAUCCGAUCGAAGUUUUAGCUUCCCUUUCUUGGGAUUCUCUGGGGGAGAAGAUGAUUGCAGAAGAAUUGGGGAGGUUUUCGUCAAUAACAGAGGAAAAAAUCCACUUAUUCUUGGUACUUGUGCACAGGCUGCUAUGAACAAUUUCCUUGAAAUGAUACAGAGUAACAGAGGAGGAGGAAUCCUUCCUGUUGAGGUAUAUGGAUUGACUGUGAUUUGUAUUGACACAGAGAUCAUAAGGUUUGUUAGAGGAGAAUAUGAUGAGGAAUUAAUCAAGUCCAAGUUUGAGGAGAUUGCAAGUAUAUUGAUGAAUAAUAGUUUAGGAUCUGGUAUUGUUGUCAAUUACGGAGAUUUAAAAAUCUUAUCAAGCGAUGAUAGUUAUAUUGAUUCUUGCAGAUAUAUUGUUAGCAAAUUGACAAGUUUACUACAGAUUAAUCGCGGAAAACUCUGGUUGAUUGGAUGGGUAGAGAGGUAUGAGAUAUAUUUGAAAGUUUUGAAUAGAUUUCCUUACAUAGAAAAAGAUUGGGAGUUGCAGCUUUUGACAAUCAUUUCUUCUGGAAAUCCAAAGGAAGAAACAUUUCCUAGAUCCAGGUUGAUGGAAUCUUUUGUGCCAUUGGGAGGAUUCUUUUCAAUGGCAGCUGCUGAUACUAAAAGUCCGUUAAGCAGUUCAUACCACACUGCAUCGCGGUGUCACUUAUGCAAUGAGAAAUGCAAACAAGAGGUAAAUGCUCUCUCAAAGUGUGGAUUAAUAAGCACUGUUUCAGUUGCAGAUCACUAUCAAUCAAGUUUGCCUUCUUGGUUGCAAAUGACUCAACUCAACACUAACGGAGGACUUGACCCAAUGAAGGCCAAAGAUGAUAAAAUGGUAUUGGGUGCUAAAGUUGCUGGUUUGCAGAGAAAAUGGGACAAUCUAUGCCAGCGUUUACACUACAAUCAAUCAUUACCCAAGACAAGCAACUUUCACAUGGCUUCUGAAAUUCCAUCAGUUGUAGGAUUUCAAGUUGUUGAAGACCGAAAACAAAGUCUCAAUAACGAAAACAUUGAAAGUGGGAGGAAGAAAAUGACUUGCACAAUUUCUUCAUCAAAUGAAAGCAGCAUUUUUCUCUCCAAAACGCCGUCACAAGGUGAUGAUGACCAUGGCUUCAACUCUCCAACCUCUCUAACUUCAGUCACAACAGAUUUAGGUUUAUGCAUGGCCUCUACUUCUCCAAGCAAAGAACAAGAGCACGUCAUAAACCACGGUAGCAUUAAUCAACCACAUGACAUAUCAUGCAGUGUUGAGGCGCCUCGUUUCAUUGACCGGUCUCCUCUUCAGCAGCAAUUGGAUCCAAAAGAUGUUAAGAUGUUAUAUGCAGCUCUUAUAGAAAAGGUUAAUUGGCAAGAGGAGGCUGUAAAUUCCAUUAGCCAAACAAUAGCGCGGUGCAGAUGUAGAAAUGAAAGAAACAAUUGUCCAAGUCGAGGAGAUAUAUGGCUCAACUUUCUUGGACCUGAUAAGCUUGGUAAGAAGAAAAUUGUGAUUGCACUGGCUGAGAUUCUAUAUGGAAGCACAAACAACUUAAUCUGUGUAGACCUAAGUCUACAGGAUGAAGUCGGGUUGUUUAAUCUUCAAGUAUUGAAUCAAUACGACGUGAGAUGCAGAGGAAAGCAUGUUGUUGACUAUGUUGCUGAUAAACUGAGGAACAACCCCUUAUCUGUUGUUUUCCUUGAAAAUGUGGAUAAAGCUGAUAUACUGAUGCAGAAAAGCUUGUCCCAAGCUGUUAAGACUGGUAGAUUUUUGGACUCUCAUGGUAGAGAAGUUAGCAUAGGUAAUGCAAUCUUUGUGUCAACAUCAUCAAGAUUAGAUGAAGAAAGAACUCUUCCUUCUACCAAAGAAACAGCUGACUAUUCGGAAGAAGACAUAUUGGCAGCUAAAGGUAAUCAAAUCCAGAUACUAAUUGCAUUUGAUCUUACAGAUGAUGUCAAAGGUCCAAACUCAACUGCAUUGAUAACAACUAGAAAAAGAUCUUCAAGCCAAAUCUUUGUGAAUAAUAGAAAGCUUAUAACUAGUGGUCCAAUCGAAAGUGUAGAUCAGCAAUUUGGAAGCUCGGAGAUGGCCAAACGAGCUCACAAGACAUCAAACACAUGCUUAGAUUUGAAUCUUCCAGCUGAAGAGAUUGAAAAUGAUGAAAACUUUACUGGAGAUUCUGGCUGUGAGUUUUCCAAUGAAAACACCACAACAUGGUUGAAACAGUUGUUUACACAAUUUGAUGAGACCGUGAUUUUUAGGCCAUUGGAUUUAGACUCACUAGCUGAGAACCUAUUGAAGGAGAUCAGACUAUGCUUCCACAGAGUUGUCGGUCCAGAAUGUUUGCUAGAGAUUGACUCAAAAGUAUUGGAACAAAUUCUGGCAGCAACAUUUUUAAGUGACAGCAAGAAAAUAGAAUAUUGGAUUCAACAUGUUCUUGGCAGGGGAUUUGUAGAAGCUCAUGAAAGAUAUAGCUUAAGUGCCCGAUCUGUAGUGAAACUCGUGACCUGCGAGAGCUAUUCCCCACAAGUUCAUAUACCAGGGGUUCUCCUUCCUGGCAGAAUCAUAGUGAACUAAUAUUUAUAAUAUGUAAUAUACAGUGUGUUCAUAUUUUAGCACACCUAGGUAAUUAUGCUUGUGUUACCAGAUUUAUCCCAUGUUUUACUGGGUUUUUUUUUGUUAUAGUUUAAGCCAUAAAUUGUAAGAUUUGAUAGCUAAUUCAGGUAUGAACUAUCUAAAUGUUAUGAGGUGAUCAUUCUUUCCUAUUA